AUGGAGUUUGGAAACUCGGGCGUGCUUAGCGAAGGAGCCGACUCCCGUACAACCACGGGCGCCUACAUUGCCAACCGCGUAACCGACAAGCUCACCAAAGUAUCCGAAACCAUCUGGUGCUGCCGCUCGGGCUCCGCCGCCGACACACAAGCCGUCGCCGACAUUGUGCAAUACCAGCUGGGACUGUACGAGAUGGUCAACGCCAGGCCCCCCACGACACAGACGGCUGCAGCCAUUUUCCAGGAAAUCGCUUAUUCCAACAAGGAUCGGUUGACCGCCGGCCUCAUUAUCGCUGGCUGGGACGCCCGCCACGGUGGUCAAGUGUACAACAUCCCGCUCGGCGGCUCCCUGCACAAGCAGUCCUAUGCGAUUGGCGGUUCGGGAUCCACGUACAUUUAUGGUUUCUGCGACGCCAACUGGAAGGAAGGCAUGGAGGAGGCGGAAGCCGUGGCAUUUGUCAAGGAGGCGCUCAAGGAGGCGAUCAAGUGGGACGGCUCCUCGGGAGGUGUCAUCAGGAUGGUAGUGUUGACUGAGAAGGGCGCCGACAGGCAUCUCUACUUGCCUGAUACGGAUUACAAGGUCAGGCACCAGUGA